UGUUGAAAGGAAACAAAACAGGUUGGCGGCGUCCCUGUGCUUGAGCUGACAAUGGCGGAGGAGACCGCGCCGGCACCGGGAUUCGCCGCCGCCUCCUCCUCCGUCAGCGGCGGCAUGACGGUGAAGGAAUGCAAUGACAUGAUACGGAGGAGCCUCCGGACUCCAAUGGUGAAAUUCCUGAGGGAGCAUCUGCAGAAGGCGGGGUGUGCUGUCGGGGACAACUUCAUCAAGGCCGUUAACUGCGAUAAGGAGAUCGCUGGUGGCUAUGCUCCCGGCGUUGGGAUAUUGGUGUGCAGUAAUCACAUGAACAUCCAAGACGAGGUCAACCAAGUUGUUAUCCACGAGCUAAUUCACGCAUACGAUGAAUGCCGGGCUGCCAACAUCGACUGGACUAAUUGUGCCCAUCAUGCUUGUGCCGAGAUACGAGCAGGUCAUUUAAGCGGUGAUUGCCACUACAAGAGAGAACUCCUGAGGGGUUACAUGAAGAUUCGAGGCCACGAGCAAGAGUGCGUGAGGAGAAGGGUAAUGAAGUCGAUGAGUGGGAAUCCUUACUGCACGGAAGCAGCUGCAAAGGAUGCAAUGGAAGCCGUUUGGGAUGUCUGUUAUAAUGAUACUCAGCCCUUCGACAGAGCUCCGUAAAUUAUAAUUGGCAAGCUUUGCUGGUGCUGAAUUGAGUGCUAUUUUGCUGUAUCGGGUUUCCCAGUUGACGAGAAUUGUGCUAUCUAUGGCUCCUUUCUUUGCCCUGCUUCUGCGUGACCUUUUCUUUAUUGAAAUCAUUCCUGUGACACUGGCAGUUUUGUGAUUUUUUCCGAGGUAACAUGUUAGACUGAUUCUUUUUGGUUGGCCAUAUGUCCUGCGACCAUGUAUAACAGUGCUGAAAACCUGAUACUAUCUUCAGUUGCAUCAUAUUCAAUAAUUUCGAGUUA